AUGGCCCAGACAAUCCGGGAAGCUCUCGCCCACCGAAACGGCAAAGAAGCAACAUCAGAUGGUCAACGUGUGAAAUAUCUCAAUACCGUCGAGGCUUAUGAUAAGUGGGCCGAGGUCUACGAUACAGAUGGAAACUUCCUCCAAGCCCUCGACACAAUUGAAAUGAAGAGUUUACUCCCGCGGUUUCUAGCCCUUGUUCAAGCCCAGGCUCAGGCCAAGGCGGAAAUAGAAUCUGGUAAUCACCAGCCAUCACUCAAAUUAGUAGACCUGGGCUGCGGUACGGGUCGGAAUACACUGCAGCUGGCCAAAUCAGCGCCCAAGGAUGCCCGGAUUAUGGGACUCGAUGCGUCGCCGAGCAUGCUGGGUGUCGCUAAGGAGACACUUCGGGAGCAAUUGGGGAUUGUGGAUGGGGAUAAGGUUACACUAGAUGUUUAUGACUUACUUGCGCCCUCUGAGUCAGGAUUGGGUCUGGGCUCUCUAUCUGAGCCUUUGCGGGCCCAGUUAGGCGAUGGUGCAUCUGGGUUGAUUUCUACGCUUGUGCUGGAACAUAUUCCCGAUGACAAGUUCUUUGAGGGUGCUGCAAGGCUGAUUAAACCAGGCGGGUAUUUUCUUGUGACAAAUAUGCAUGCUGAGAUGGGGGCAAUCAGCCAAGCUGGGUUUGUGGAUGUGAAGACUGGGAUGAAGAUUAGGCCCACAAGUUAUGCGCAUAAGGUUGAAGAUGUUAUGGCUGCUGCAGAGCGGGUUGGGUUCGAGGUUGUGGCGCUGGACGAGGGAGGGCAGAGAGUACGGGAGAGGAGUGUGGAUGAGGCCAUGGUGGAGGGGCUGGGGGAAAGGGCGAAGAAGUGGGUGGGUGUUACGGUGUGGUUUGGCCUUUGCUUUAGGAUGCGGGUUGACUAG